AUGCCUUCAGCAACAGGAACCAUCAGGAAGAACGAAGAAGGCGCCAUCAGAGGCCAAUUCGCAGUCGAUGGAUCCACUUAUUAUUUCGUUGGCACUCUCCUCACUCCAAUCUCCUCGUUCGGCAUUUCGAACGCUCGUAUCACGUAUAAGUCUACCGAACAGCUUCAGGAGCAACCUAUAAUGUUCGAGGAAAUUCCCAUUCAAAAGGACCAGAUCGAGUUCAGGUUGCAGAAUGGUGUUCAGGUCUCUGGGUUCUUCGAUGAGCCAUUCAGUGAUGAUGUCGUCAAUGAUCAAACUUUGGUUGCCGGUGGUGCGGCUUGGAUGCAGAUGGAAUCAUGA